AGCCGGGGGGUACCAGAAUUGUUGAACCACAGGCGGCACCAUCGCUGUAGAUUUGGUGGGGCCCCGGUUUUCAGAAGCCACUCCCCGGGCAGAAUCGGUCCAGCCCGCGCCAAAUCGGCCCACUUUCAGUCUCCCACCCCCGUUCCGCUCGACGCUCGAGAAAUCAUUUUUCAGUUGACGGCUCCCCGUCUUGAUCCUUUUUUUUUGGCGGUUGCGGACGGACUCACCUCGUGCGUCACCUCUCUAGAUCCUCUCCUCACCUUCUGUCGUCCACGGCCAGACAGAUCGACACAGCCGAAUCGCCCAACAUGUCCGACUCUCUGCUUGCGAAGAAGUAUGUCGACGGGAUAUACAUCCCGGCCGGUCUCAUCGUGCUCGGCACCGCCAUUCUGAAGCGCGAGUUCCUGCACUACGCCGUGCUCGUCGCCAUUGCCCUCGGCGCCAUCAAGUUCAUCCGGACCCAGCCCAAGAAGGUCCUCAAGCCAGAUGCCUUCCAGGAGUUUGAGCUCAAGGAGAAGACCAUCAUCUCCCACAAUGUAGCCAUCUACCGCUUCGCUCUCCCCAACCCAUCCGAUAUCCUCGGCCUCCCCAUCGGCCAGCACAUCUCGAUCGGCGCCCAUCUCCCCCAGCCCGAUGGCACCACCAAGGAAAUCGUCCGCUCCUACACCCCCGUCUCUGGUGACCACCAGCCCGGCUACUUCGAUCUCCUCAUCAAGUCCUACCCUACCGGUAACAUCUCCAAGCACAUGGCCGGUCUUGCCGUUGGCCAGACCAUCCGCGUCAAGGGCCCCAAGGGCGCUUUCGUCUACACUCCCAACAUGGUCCGUCACUUUGGCAUGAUCGCCGGCGGUACUGGUAUCACCCCCAUGCUCCAGGUCAUCCGCGCCAUUGUCCGCGGCCGCAAGGCUGGCGACACCACCCAGGUCGAUCUCAUCUUUGCCAACGUCACCAAGGAGGACAUUCUGCUCAAGGAGGACCUCGACGCGCUCACCAAGGAGGACAAGGGCAUCCGCGUGCACUACGUUUUAGACAAGCCCCCUGCGGACUGGCAGGGCGGUGUUGGCUAUGUUACCGGCGAUAUGAUCACCAAAUGGCUCCCCAAGCCCGCCGAGGAUGUCAAGCUUCUUCUCUGCGGCCCCCCUCCCAUGGUCAGCGGCCUCAAGAAGACUGCGGAGGCUCUUGGCUUCAAGAAGGCCAGGCCCGUCAGCAAGCUCGAGGACCAGAUCUUUGCUUUCUAAGGUGGCCCAGAGUGUCGGUGUUAAUGAGGUGAAAAAGUUGUGUACGACAAGAGGAGGGAUCGCGGGGGGGAAUGGUGACUUGUUAUGCUGCCAAUGAUCCCCGACGUCCCAAGUUAGGGGCAACCCUAGCUUUUAUACGUCCUAAUUAUCAAAACGAUAGUUAUAAUGACAUGCAUGGCCUUUUUUGUAUACAGAUAGAUUGGAAAUGAUUUUGGAGUUGGGUGGCAUCAUGGUGUACUUGUUUGUUUGUGGAAUAUUGGAGUUU